UAUCCAAGUCGGUCGUGUCUUCCACUCUCGCUCCCUCGGUUAAAAAAACCAAAACAAAACAAAUCUCACUCUGUUGGUUGUCAAAUCCAGUGGCUUUUUGCAGCCACAUUGAACACAAGAAGACGUGUGAAAUAUUAAUAAUUAAAUUACCGAAAUGUGAUAUCUGAGCGUAGGCGUAGCUCCUCCUUUUCUAAGGUGGAGGGAGAACAUCCCAUCCCCAUCCCCAUCCCCCACCACCACCACGAGAAGCAGAAACCCGCGGAACAUCAAGCAUUGUCCCACUUUAAUCCUUUAUUGGUUCAAACAGUACCGUAUGAAUCACCCAAAUGCCAAAAGGCUCGAGGUUUUGAAUCCUCGCCUCUCUUUUUAGAGCUCCCUUUGCCCAUAAUUCCCAGCAAACAUAAAAGUCUUCUUUUUCGGUCUUUCCCUACUUUUCCACUUACGCAACCUUUCCCUUCCAUUGCUUUUCUCGAAUGCCAUUUGAGCCCAGAAGCUCAUCCGUCAUCAUCAACAUAUUCAUCUCUUUAGCUUUACAAUAAUAAUAAUGCAAUCAUUUAGGUUCAUUCUCGCCUUUCUCAUUUGCUUUUUCUCCAUAUUAACCGUUUCCCUGGCCGGUCUCCUCUCGCAGCCAGUCCACGGCGAGGAUGCGUCCCCCAGCACUAUCCAGGCUGCGCCGGUUCAAACACCGAGCCAAAAUUGUCGCCUCGAGCUCUCUAAAGAGUUAUUUGGCGGCGUCGACCACGCUUGCGGCAAGGAUCUCGACCGUAGCCGGUGCUGUCCGGUGCUGGCGGCCUGGCUCUUCGCCGCUCACGCUCGGUCGGCUCUGGAGGUUUGGUCUUCGGCUGCUGCGACUGGCGGUGAUCUUCCGAUGAUGCCGGACGACUCGCAGAAGUGUGUGAACUCGCUCCACGACGCGCUUCUGAGUCACAACAUCCGGAUUCCUUCGCCCAACGCCAGCUGUGACACUAUACUGUGCUUCUGUGGAAUCAGGCUUCACCAGAUAUCCUCCCUGACCUGCCCUGCCGCGUUCAAUGUCUCUGCGUCUCACAAUGCUACUCCAACUUCUGCCGUCACAAACUUGGAGAAGACUUGUCGCAAUUCUUCCUACGUUGGCUGCACCAAAUGCCUCGCUGCUCUCCAGAAGGUGAAGGGAUACAAGAAGGAGAGUGAGAGGGGAAGAAGCAAAAUGCUGAACAGGGACUGCCAACUAAUGGGACUGACAUGGCUGCUGGCGAGGAACAAAACAGCGUACAUACCGACCGUUUCGGCAGUGUUGAGAGCAAUCAUGUACAGCGGCCACACACAGGAAUCCAAGUGUAGCCCCGAUCAGGACAACAUGCCCCUGGCCGUUGAUUCCCUUCAGUUCGACAAUGCCCGGGCCUCAUCUUCCCCGUUUACUUUUUGGGUUCCUCUUCCUCUUCUCACCCUCUUCGUUCUCAUUUCUGCUUUUCCAUAGCCUCCUCUCCCCUUCCUUACUUUGUCUUGUUUCGUAGCUUAUUUUCCCCCUUUUGACUCUUUUCUCUUCACUGUAUAUUUCAGUUUUUCUCCUCUCCCCUUGACUA